AUGAAUGAGCUUCAGAGGUACAAUCCAGUGGCGCAUCAAAACCUUCAAGUCACCAAUCCUCACACUUGGUCGCGGGCUUUCUUUAAGGUUGGUUCAUGUUGCAAUGAUAAUCUGAACAACCUUAAUGAAUCUUUCAAUAAAACAAUCCGUGAGGCUAGGCGAAAACCACUUCUUCACCUGUUAGAGGAAAUUAGGAGACAAUGCAUGGUUCGCACAGCAAAACGGUCUCUAAUUUAUAAUAGGUUGAAGACUAGGUUCACUAAACGAGCUCACGUUGCAAUAGAAUCUGCUAUAGCUAAGGGUCAAGAUUAUAUUAGAUAUAUGGCUACUGGUAAUGUCUUCGAAAUUGACGACCAUGGCUGCUAUUAUAGUGUUGAUAUGAAUCUGAAAACUUGUGGUUGUGGGAUGUGGCAACUAAAUGGAAUUCCAUGUAAUCAUGCCGCUUGUGUGAUCUCCGCAAAGAAGCAAAAAGUGGACGAUUACGUUUCAGAUUACUACACUACUAUAAAAUGGAGAAAGACUUAUGAGCAUAGUAUUAGGCCUGUUGAAGGGAUGAAGUUGUGGCCGACGUUGAACAGGCUACCUGUCUUGCCUCCACCAAAUAGGUUAGGUAAUAGAGGAAGGCCAAGUAAUUAUGCUAGAAAGAAAAGCGCCAAUGAAUCAUCUUCACAGUCAACAAAGAAGAAGGACAUACCAAAGUUAGUUGUUCAAAUCCAAGGGUCGAACCCGAGCCUAAACGACCACGAGGUCGCCCAAGAAAGGAUCAGGAAGGAGGGUCAGAGCUUGGUUCACAAGGUGGAUCACAGCUUGGAUAAUGAAGAUGAUGUAUCUUAG